AUGCGGUGUGGUGUCGGUGGGAGUCAUGAUGCCUACUACAACAACGUCAUCUUGCCCACCAUAUUCGGUAUCAUCUGUUUCCUGGGCAUUAUGGGUAACUGCAUGGUCAUCUACACCAUCCUGAAGAAGACCAAGUGCUGCGCCAAGCAGACCGUCCCCGCCAUCUUCAAUCUGUCCAUCGUCGACCUCCUCUUCCUCGUCGGUAUGCCCUUCCUCAUCCACCAAUUGAUGUGCAAUGGCUUGUGGUGCUUCGGCGCCACUAUGUGCACAGUCAUCACCGCCCUGGACUCCAACAGCCAGAUCGUGAGCACCUACAUCCUCACGGUCAUGACUCUGGACCGCUACCUGGCCACGGUCCACCCCAUCCGCUUCAACUACGUUCGGACACCGUGCGUGGCAACCGUGGUUAUCGUUCUAGUAUGGACGCUGUCGUUGCUGACCAUCAUCCCGGUGUGGAUGUACACGGGCCUGGUGGGCUGUGCCCUGCUACUUCCCGAUCCGUCUACCAACUGGUUCACUCUCUACCAGUUUGUCUUGGCUUUCGCUCUGCCGCUUCUCAUCAUCUGCAUGGUCUUUUUCAAGAUCCUCAGGCACAUGGCCACCAGCGUGGCUCCCUUGCCCCCAGCGAGACUGAGGGUGCGCACCAAGAAAGUAACCCGUACAGGCCUGUUGCAUGACCAUUUUUGUUUUGUCGAACCUUUAUUGAACAAGAUCUCUUUACCGAGGGAGACCUGGUGUGGCCAGUGGAAGAAG